UUCGUAUCAUAAUAUUCUCUGCGUUGUCUCUCUCCCUGCAAAUUAUCGACGGAUUCCAAACAUAAUUCGUUAGCCCCUGUUUGGUUGCCGAACAAAUCCUAGAAACCGCCCAAAAGAAAAUGCGACCCCGUUCUCUUUUUCCUCUUUGAUUUCCUAUAAGAAUCUCGAACUAUUUUUUCAAUUAUUCUUCUACUUAUUUCUUCUAAACUUAAGGUUGAAAAUCUUGUUCCUUUUAUCUUUCUCGAAUUGUUGGGCAACCAAGAAGGUAAAUUUUCAAGUUUAGGGUUCUGGAGGGCUUUGAUUCGAAGAACGGUAUCAAUUGGGGCUUUGGUUUGGUGAUUAACCAUAUCAGCGUUUUGGCAUUUUUGGUAUUGAGGAGUCUUGGGUUUUUUGUGAGUUCCAGUAGGUUGUGAGCAUUACAGUUUGAUGGCCGACCGGAAUUCCGCCGUUGUUAAGCCUAUAUGGAUGAAGCAAGCCGAAGAGGCAAAGCUCAAGAGUGAGGCCGAGAAAGCCGCGGCUGCAAAAGCUGCUUUUGAAGCCACCUUCAAGGACGUAGAGAAAAAUCGUGAAAAGGAAUCGGCUUUAUCAGACAGUGAAUCGGAAGAAUACGAGGAUUUGGCGAACAAACCGAUUGGGCCAGUGGACCCUUCAAAGUGCACAGCUGCUGGUACUGGCAUAGCAGGCGGCACUGCAUGUGCCCCAUCUUCGUUUAUGGUGGUAACGAAGGAUGCGGAUGGGAGGAAGGUGCCCAAUGGGGGCACGCAGAUUAAGGUGAAGGUGUUGCCUGGAGUGGGUGUUGGAGGAUCAGAGCAAGAAGGUAUUGUGAAGGAUAUGAGUGAUGGAACAUAUACAGUUACCUACGUGGUUCCGAAGAGGGGGAAUUACAUGGUGAAUGUUGAGUGCAAUGGGAAGCCCAUCAUGGGUAGCCCGUUCCCAGUAUUUUUCAGUGCAGGUACUCAGGGUGCUAGUGCUGGAGGACUACUAGGUUUGGCCCCUGCCUCCAGUUUUCCAAAUAUGGUUAAUCAAACCAUGCCCAAUAUGCCAAAUUAUUCAGGAUCUGUUUCAGGGGCAUUCCCAGGAUUAUUGGGAAUGAUUCCAGGCAUUGUACCUGGUGCAUCAGGGGGUGCUAUUUUGCCUGGAAUUGGUGCAUCUUUGGGGGAAGUUUGUCGAGAGUACCUUAAUGGUCGGUGUGCAAUAACUGACUGUAAGUUGAACCACCCACCUCACAAUUUGCUAAUGACUGCACUAGCUGCAACAACCACGAUGGGGACUGUAAGUCAAGUUCCCAUGGCACCGUCUGCAGCUGCAAUGGCUGCUGCUCAAGCAAUUGUUGCUGCCCAAGCCCUUCAAGCCCAUGCAGCUCAGGUGCAAGCACAAGCUCAGUCCGCCAAAGAAUCAUCUGGUUCACCUGAUAAAGCUGGGAAGGCUGAUGCGCUGAAGAAGACACUUCAAGUUAGCAACCUUAGCCCACUUCUCACAGUGGAACAACUCAAACAACUUUUCAGCUUUUGCGGCACCGUUGUUGAAUGUACCAUCACUGAUUCAAAGCAUUUUGCUUAUAUAGAAUACUCAAAACCUGAAGAAGCAACUGCGGCUUUGGCACUGAAUAAUAUGGAUGUUGGAGGUCGCCCUUUGAAUGUUGAAAUGGCAAAAUCUCUUCCUCAAAAACCAGCUCUUUUGAAUUCUCCACUGUCUUCAUCUUCUCUGCCUCUGAUGAUGCAGCAAGCUGUUGCCAUGCAGCAGAUGCAAUUCCAGCAGGCUCUGCUUAUGCAACAAACUAUGACUGCACAGCAGGCAGCAAACCGAGCUGCAACAAUGAAGUCAGCAACAGAGUUAGCUGCAGCCAGAGCUGCAGAAAUAAGUAAGAAAUUAAAACCUGAUGGACUUGGAGAUGAAGAGAAGGAAGCGAAAAGAAAAUCCAGAUCACCAUCAAUCUCUCGCCCGAAGUCAAGGUCCAAGUCAAGGUCACCAGCCAAUUUUCAACGAAGGCGCAGGUCUCGUUCUUACUCACCUCCAUCCCGUCACCCAAGGGAUCAUAGAUCCAGAUCGCCAGUGAGAUCUCGCCAUCAUUCCAGCUAUGAAAAUGAAUGGCGGUCCCAUAGAGACAUUCGGGAUGGUGGUGACAGAACUAGAAUGCGAGAUUUAGGAAGAUCACGUCGGGAUUCUGAAAGAUCAGAUCGUCAUUCAUCUUCUCUAAGGAGAAACAGGAGGAGUGUGAGCCCUCUAACGAGAAAAUCGUACCGAGCUGACUCGGUCUCACCAAAACGUUAUCAAGAAAGUUCACUGCAUAGAGCAAGGAAAUCAUCUCGUGCUCGUUCAAGAUCCCCAAGUCAUCACAGGGGAGGUAGGUCAUCUCCAAGAAUUGACGAUGUAAACAAAUCAAGACACAGAAAACGCUCUAGGUCAAAAUCGGUUGAAGGCAAGCAUCAGUCUGAUGACAAAAUAGAUGAGCCCCGAGAUGAAAAAUCAAAGCAUAAUGACCGUAGGCGGUCCAGGUCAGUAUCUCCUGAAGGCAAGCAUCAUAGAAGCAGCGGGUCAUCUCCAACUCCAAGAAUGUUGGGGGAAAAUAAAUUCAGACAUAGAGGGAGGUCCAGGUCAAAGUCUUUAGAAGGUAAGCCCCAUUCCAACGAAAAAUCCAAUGAAUCCAGGGAUAAACCAAAACAUAGUGAUAGAAGGCGGUCUAGAUCAAAGUCUCUGGAACGCAAACGUUACACUGAGGGGAAAGUAGAUGAAAUAAGGGAAGAAAAAUCUAGACAUCGUGAUAGAAGGCGGUCCAGAUCAAGAUCUGUGGAAGGAAAGCGGCACUCCAAGGAGAAAGCAGAUGAAAGCAGGGACAGAAAAUCAAAGCAUCGUGAUAGAAGACGGUCAAGGUCGGUCUCUGUGGAGGCUAGGCAUUAUAGAGGAGGUAGGUCAUCUCCAAAAGAUUUAGAUGGUCGAAAACUAAAACACAGAAGGCAUUCUAGGUCAAAUUCUGCUGAAAGGAAGCAUCACUCCUAUGAUAGAGCAGAUGAGAGUAGAGCUGUAAAGUCAAAGCAGCGUGAGAGAUCACGGUCCAGAUCAAUAUCAGCAGAACACAAGCAUAAUAGGGGUGGUAGUUUGUCCCCGAUAAGCUUGGUGGAAAAUAAAACAAAAGACACAAGGCAAUCUACGCCAGAAUCUGGUGAAGGGAACCUUCAUUCCCAUGAUGGAAGGGAUGCAAACAGUGAUGAAAAUUUGAAGCAUCAUGAACAUGCAGAAAAGGAACCAGAUACCAUUUUGAAGGAUUUGACAAGCAUGAAUGAUAAUGGUCUGUUAAUUUCAGCACGUAAGAAUCGUAACUUGAAGGAAGCAAUGAAAACUAGGGCAAUGGAAGGUGACCAGGAUAUGGAAAACACUCAUUUGACAAAUGUAGACAGUGAAGAUGGUUCAUUUUUUCGAGGUUGUAAAAUCCCCUUGGUUGCUGAGGAGAUAAUGGAAAAUGGAGCAUCCGAUAUUGAGCAUCCAGAGCUAGGAAUGGGAGAUCAAAAAAAUUGUGAGAAGUCAAUUCGUGUUGAAAAUAGUGACAAAACUUGCUUAAGCCAGGAUCAUGUUGGAGAUGAAUCAGAGUUCAUGAUUGGAGGCAGGUCUUCAAUUUCCCAGACGCUGAAGGCUCAACAGAGAAGCUCCAUCUCACCUGAGGAAGAUAUGUUUUCAAGUGAUGCCAGUGCAGAAGAUAAACGCUGAUGCUAAAAGUCUAACUGUUGCUUUUAAAUUGAGACUUUUUAUGGCUGAGGGAUGGGUGCAUUUUCUCGGAUAAAAGCUCAGUGCUUAGUGUUUCUUUUGGUGCCUGGAAUUUUCUGCUGGCUGUUGGUUCUUCAUAAAUGCACUUUCUGUGUUUGUUUAUUCCUUGCAGGUCUUGUGAGAUACUGGAAUUACAGUGCUGAAGCUGGUCUUGCUGUGGUUUAAGUAUUUCAAGAAGUGUCAUGGUUUCAUCCACAAUCGGCCAUGUGAUGUUUGUAGCAAGCUUCUUUUACUACUUGAUGAUGGUAUCCUGAAAAAUGCAGGUAUUCAUGGUGAUUUUUCAUUGGAGCUUUCUGAUAUUCAAUUUGGCAGGAUUGAUUUUCUCUGAUAUAAAUAAAGGUAUGCUAUCGUCACCAAUUUAGUAUGUUCUGUGGUGGUGAGCUUGUGUCAUUAAGCUUCCAUCCAAGUUUUGAAAGUAUUUCAGAGUGUUAAUUAAUAUAGUAUGACAUAAACGAUCUUUAUCUGAUACUGUGCCAAUGCUUUUUAUCAAUAUAUGUUAUAGACUUGGUGUCUUACUCCUUUCCCCCAUCUUUCUCCUCUAUUUUUUCCUCUUUUUUUUCUUCUUUUUUUUUUUUUUUUUUGUCUUCCUUCCCAAGAAAUUUUCUUGGUUAGGUAAAGGUACUGUUAAGGUCCAGUGAAACCAGAUGUUGCUGGGAUGAAUUGCAUCAAAAUUCCAGUGUGUUGAGUAUGAUCAGAUUUCCUGACUCAAUUUACACAUUACUUAAACUUAUGGUGAAAUGCGAGUGUUGAUUUUUAUCA